GCUCUACGCCCUCCUGCACUGGGCGCCGCGGAGGAGGUGAGCCGCGGCCGGGUGCUUCUUACCGCUCGGGGUCUUGGAGCCAAGCCAUGACUGCCAAAGAUUAUCCAUCAUUGUGGGGCUUUGGGACAACAAAAACAUUUAAGAUUCCCAUUGAACAUUUGGAUUUCAAGUAUAUUGAAAAAUGUUCAGAUGUUAAACACUUGGAAAAAAUUCUUUGUGUGCUCAGCCCUUUGAAAAAAAAAAUGGAGCUGCAAAAUCAUCGUUGGAAAACAAGGUCUGGUGAGGAAGGAUAUUAUCCUGAACUUACGGAAUUUUGUGAAAAACGCCUUAAAGGCUUGGCUCCUGAAAGUAGAGCUUUGAGGAAAGAUAAACCUGCAGCGACAGCAUCUAGUUUUACAGCAGAAGAAUGGGAAAGAAUUGAUGGUGAUAUAAAGAGUUGGGUAUCAGAAAUUAGAAAACAAGAAAAUACAGUACAUUUUCAUGAAACUGGAACACUUCCAGCAACAGAAGAUAAUUUGCCUCCAGUUCGUGGUUCAGACAGCCAUCUUCGUGUUGAUAGGGAAAAAUAUUCUAAAAGUAGACCAGCUAAAAAGAAUAUUCCGAGGGAUUAUGCAGACUGGGAUAAAUUUGACGUGGAAAAGGAAUGUUCAAAAAUUGAUGAAGAUUACAAAGAAAAAACUGGAGUAAACAAGUCACACUUGUCUAAAAUUGAGACAACUAUAGUAACAGCAGGUCUAACUGAGAAGGAAAAGGAUUUUCUUGCUGCUCAUGAGAAGGAAAAAGGAAAUGAAGCUUUCAACUCAGGAGAUUAUGAAGAGGCUGUGAUGUAUUAUACCAGGAGCAUAUCAGUGCUUCCUACUAUAGUGGCCUACAACAACCGUGCUCAAGCAGAAAUCAAACUACAGAACUGGAACAGUGCUUUUCAGGAUUGUGAAAAGGUCUUAGAGUUAGAACCUGGAAAUGUAAAAGCUCUUCUGCGCCGUGCCACUACCUAUAAACAUCAAAACAAGCUCCAGGAAGCUAUAGAAGAUUUGAGUAAAGUGCUGGAUGUUGAACCUGAUAAUGAGUUGGCCAAAAAAACCUUGGCAGAGGUUGAAAGAGAUCUGAAAAAUUCUGAACCUGCAUCCAAGACUCAAACCAAAGCAAGAAGGAUGGUUAUUCAGGAAGUAGAAAACUUGGAAGAUGAAGAUGGAAAGGACAAUUGGGGAAAAGAAAAGGGCAGUGGAGAGGCCCCAGAGCCGGCAGGAGCCGGCGGCGCCACCGGGCCGCGCGCCAUGGGCAACAUCCAGAAGAAGCUGACCGGCAAAGGCGAGGGCGGCAGGCGGCCGGAGCGGGGCGCGCCGCGGCGGGCGCGGGCGCCAGGGGCCCGCACGGACAGGCGGGGCCGGGCGCGGGCCUCGGCGGCGGCGGGCAGUGCCCUCGGACACCAGGGCUGCGGAGGCGGCGCCGGGGACCCCGCUGCCGCCCGCGCGCCUCCCGAGCCCGGCGCCCUGCCGCUGGGCCCCGCCGGCCUGAAGAGCCGGGGCAACGAGCUCUUCAAAACCGGGCAGUUCUCGGAGGCGGCCCUCAAGUACUCGGCGGCGAUCGCACAGCUGGAGCCUGCAGGAAGUGGAAGUGCAGAUGAUCUGAGUAUCUUAUAUUCAAAUAGAGCAGCAUGUUACCUAAAAGAAGGAAACUGCAGUGGAUGCAUUCAAGAUUGUAACAGGGCUCUGGAACUUCAUCCAUUCUCAAUCAAACCUCUUCUUCGACGAGCAAUGGCCUCUGAAACUUUAGAGCAGUAUCAGAAAGCUUAUGUGGAUUAUAAAACAGUGUUGCAAAUAGACUGUGGAAUCCAGCUAGCAAAUGACAGUAUUAACAGAAUAACAAGAAUUUUAAUGGAUCUGGAUGGACCAAGCUGGAGGGAGAAGCUGUUGCCCAUUCCUGCUGUGCCCUCUUCUGUGCAGCUGCGGGCUUGGCAGCCUACAGCAGAGACACCCCCAGAACAAGUGGGAGAUGCCUGCAGCCACCACCAAGAAGGCACCACAGAUGAAAAAAUGUUUAAAAUUCUUAAAGAAGAAGGAAAUCAAUGUGUAAAGGAUAAAAACUAUAAAGAUGCCCUCAGUAAAUACAGUGAAUGCUUAAACAUUAACAACAAGCAAUGUGCUAUCUACACGAACAGAGCUCUCUGUUACUUGAAACUGUGCCAGUUUGAGGAGGCAAAGCAGGACUGUGAUCAGGCACUGCAGAUAGACAACAGGAAUGUGAAAGCUUGCUUCAGACGAGCUCUUGCUCAUAAAGGACUCAAGAACUACCAAAAAAGUUUAAAUGAUCUCCAUAAAGUUCUUCUACUAGACUCAAGUAUUGUUGAGGCAAAGAUGGAACUGGAAGAAGUAACCAGAUUCCUUAAUAUUAAGGAUAAUACAGCAUCACUCAAUAAAGACAAGGAGAGAAGGAAAAUCGAGAUUCAAGAGGUGAGUGCAGGCCAAGAAGAGGAGCCCGCAAGGACCUCAGAGGAGGUCGCCACAGCCAGCCUUGCUCCUGAAGAGGGAGACCCAAGCGAUGCACCACCGGAACACCAUGAAAGCUACUGAUCACUAAGCCUAACAAUGCCUGUGAAUUUGGUCAGGUUAUAAAUGCUCUCAGUACUAGGAAAGAUAAAGAAGCCUGUGCACACCUUUUAGCCAUCACUGAACCAAAAGAUUUGCCAAUGUUGUUGAGUAACAAACUUGAAGGCGAUAUAUUCCUCCUCCUCAUUCAGUGUCUGAAAAACAAUCUUAUCGGUAAAGAUCUCUCAUUGGUGUAUCAGCAUCUUUUCUAUC